UCGUGCAGGAAGAGCUGGAUGCCCUCUUGGAACAGCAAAGCACUAUAGAGAACAAGAUGGUUGCACUUCAUCGCAUGGGCCCUAAUUUGCAGCUCAUCGAGGGGGAUGCCCAGCAGUUGGCAGGGAUGAUCACCUUCACCUGUAACCUGGCCGAGAAUGUCAGCAGUAAAGUCCGCCAGCUUGACCUUGCCAAGAAUCGACUCUAUCAGGCCAUUCAGAGAGCUGACGACAUCCUUGACCUGAAGUUCUGCAUGGAUGGAGUUCAAACAGCCCUGCGAAAUGAAGAUUAUGAACAAGCAGCAGCUCAUAUCCAUCGCUAUCUGUCUCUGGACAAAUCGGUGAUUGAGCUCAGUCGUCAGGGCAAGGAAGGGGGCAUAAUUGAUGCCAACCUGAAGCUCCUGCAGGAGGCAGAGCAGCGCCUGAAGACAAUUGUCGCAGAGAAGUUCGACACAGCUAUGAAGCACGGAGACCUGCCCCAGGUGGAACGGUUCUUCAAGAUCUUUCCUCUGCUAGGCUUACAUGAAGAGGGGCUGAGCAAGUUCUCGGAGUACCUCUGCAAGCAGGUGGCCAACAAAGCAGAAGAGAACCUGCAGCUGGUGAUGGGGACAGACAUGAGUGACCGUCGAGCCGCAGUCAUCUUUGCGGACACCCUGACACUCCUCUUCGAAGGGAUUGCUCGCAUUGUGGAGACCCACCAACCUAUUGUGGAGACCUACUACGGGCCAGGGAGGCUGUAUACCCUCAUCAAGCACUUGCAAGUGGAGUGUGACCGGCAGGUGGAAAAAGUGGUGGACAAGUUCAUCAAAGAGAGGGACUAUCACAGGCAGUUCCAGCAAGUUCAGAAUAGCAUGAUGAGAAGUUCUUCUACAGAGAAGAUUGAACCAAGGGAACUUGACCCUAUUUUAACAGAAGUCACUCUGAUGAACGCCCGCAGUGAGCUCUACUUGAGGUUCAUCAAGAGACGAAUAAUAUCCGAUUUUGAGGUGGGAGACUCCAUGGCCUCAGAGGAGGUAAAGCAAGAGCAUCAAAAAUACCUGGACAAGCUCCUGAACAACUGUCUGCUGAGCCGCACCAUGCAAGAGCUCAUUGGCUACUACAUCACCAUGGAGGAAUACUUCAUGAGGGAGACCGUCAACAAGGCUGUUGCCAUGGACAGCUACGAGAAGGGCCAGCUCACCUCCAGCAUGGUGGAUGACGUGUUUUAUAUAGUGAAGAAGUGCAUUGGGCGUGCUCUGUCCAGCUCCAGCAUAGACUGUCUCUGUGCCAUGAUCAACCAUUCCACCACCGAGCUGGAGUCUGACUUCAGGGAGGUUCUGUACAACAAGCUGAAGCAGGGCUUUCCAGCCACGACCUUCCAGGACUUCCAGAGAGGGGUGACCAGUGCCGUGAACAUCAUGCACAGCAGCCUCCAGCAGGGCAAGUUCGAUACCAAAGGCAUUGAAAGCACCGAUGAGGCCAAGCAGUCCUUUCUGGUGACCUUAAACAAUGUGGAAGUCUGCAGCGAAAACAUCAUGACCCUAAAGAAGAAUUUGGAGAGUGACUGCAGCAAACUGCUUAGCCAAGGCUUUGGGGGUGAGCAAGCACAGGCCAAGAUUGACAGCUGCCUCUCUGACAUGGCUGCUGUCUCCAACAAAUUUCGUGACCUGCUGCAGGAAGGUCUCAGCGAGCUGAACAGCACGGCCAUCAAACCCCAGGUGAAGCCCUGGAUCAACCUAUUCCUCUCUGUCUCCCACAACAUCGAGGAGGAGGAGUUUAGUGACUAUGAAGCUAACGAUCCCUGGGUCCAGCAGUUCAUUGUCAAUCUGGAACAGCAGAUGACAGAGUUCAAGGCUGGACUGUCUCCAGUGAUUUACGAUACCCUCACUGGUCUUAUGACCAGUCUUAUAGCUAUCGAACUCGAGAAAGUGCUGCUCAAGUCCACCUUCAGCAGGCUUGGCGGUCUGCAGUUUGACAAGGAGCUGAGGUCUCUCAUAGCCUAUCUCACCACAGUCACCACCUGGACUAUCCGUGACAAGUUUGCCCGUCUUUCCCAGAUGGCCACCAUCCUCAAUCUGGAAAGGGUGACAGAGAUCCUGGAUUACUGGGGCCCGAACUCAGGCCCGCUCACAUGGCGCCUUACUCCCGCUGAGGUUCGGCAAGUGCUGGCUCUCCGAAUUGACUUCCGCAGCGAGGAUAUCAAGCGGCUGCGCCUGUAGUUGGUUGGUGCUUGGGUCAGCACCACGCUGGAGGUAACGGCAGGAACGCCGCAGUCCUGCAGCCUCUGGCCCAGGUCCUGCCCUGGGGC